AUGAUUGCUACUAUACUCAUCGCAUUUUGUUUGGUUGCUGUAUCAGCCACCGAAGAAGUAAUUAACAGACCACAAGGCGUGUGCCUGAUCUUCGGCGACCCACAUCUUCGUACAUUUCCUCCACGACCUCUAGGCUAUAGACCACAACUUUGGUGCAAAGAGGCUGGCAACUAUGUCAUCAUUGAAAAUCAAUAUGUUAAAGGCGUCAUUACAGUAACAGACGCGCCAUGGAUAACUGAACGGUUUCAAUUUACUUUUUUCAAUGGCAGCAAACUUCUAUGUACUAUCAAUGAUAAUAAUAAGCAGUGUCCUGGCCAAAAUGACGUCGAAGUGAGUGGAAAUCCCAGAUACAUCAUUAUUAUGCACAAAGAUCUCGGUUUCAGGAUUGAGAUAAAUCAGAUUGGCGACACUCAAUACGAGAAUAUCAACAUUCACAUGGAUUUUGACUUGAUCGGUGUAUCACACGGUCUUUGCAUAAGUGCCCCUCGCGGUUGUGUUUACGAGGCUGGAAGACGUCAUCAUGAACUGGCCAUUGUGAAUCCUAGUCUUAGGCAAAGAUUGACAAGUGAACUUGCUGUACCGAUUUGUGAAGAAUAUCUCGAAAGAUCUAUCCAAACAGCGUCCAUGCUCCAACUGCCAGCCAGUCCGGAUAUGGUUGAAAACAUGCGUAUAGCAUGCGAAAAUGAUGUUCAAACAACUGGUGAUCCAAAGGCAGGUGCAGGCAUCAUAGGAGUACUUGUAUCGGAGGGUAUGAGCGGUUUAGUAGUAACAAAUGCUCAAUUUCUUAACAUGUCGAUGCACAAUGCCAUUAUUGUCGAGGAAGCAUUGAAUAAUGCAACUGUACAUAUCGAUGCCAUUAUUGCUCAGGCCAUCACAGCUCAACCAUCUAUACAAGAGAGUACUGCAUACGAACUAUUUCCAGGAGCAUCCACUUCUAUUUCUACUAAUCCAAUAUCUACAUCAACUCUAAUUGCAACACCUGACGUGAAAAGUUUACAACUAUGUCAUGUGUGGGGUGAUCCGCAUAUUCUUCAAUUUUCUCAAAGGCCAACAACAACACGCUAUCAAUAUUGGUGCAAGGAUGUUGGCAAACAACAAUUACUGAAAAAUAAAUAUGUUAGUGCUACAAUAACAGUUCAUACGCAAAACUGGAUUAUUGAUGAGUUUAAGUUCACAUUUUUUGAUGACGAUGGAACCAUUCUUUGCUCCAUGGAUAAUAGCCAACAAAGUUGCAAUAGUUCGAGUAAUUCACAGCAGGAGCUAUUUCUUUGUUUACGAAAAUAUUCAACAACUUAUAAUAAUUCUUUUACAACAAAAGGAAUCGGUAUUACACGACCAACACUGGAACAAAUGGACAUUAUCUAUUAUACAACAGGCAUUCGAAUAUCUGUCCAUCAGCUUUAUCUGGCUCCUUGGUAUGACAUCAGUAUUUGGAUGCCAGCCGAAUUCACAGCACAGUCGUACGGACUAUGCAUAUCUCCCUCACCAACUUGUGAAUGGGAAGCGGGGAUUGAACAAUUGCAGCGACGUUCGCUGCCCAGAAUACCGACAAGCAAUCGAUCCAAGAUUGUACAGAAACUGGCCGAUAAAUUGUGUGAAGAAUACAUGAUGGCUGGCAAGAGCACUAUUAUUCAACUAGGCCUAACCCCUAAUAGUGUUAUUGAAAAUGCUGCAAAACUUGCAUGUAUCGACGAUUUAAAAUCAUCCGGGAUAGAAACUUUUGGUUCUGGUAUCAUGCAUCUUAUGAUGUCAGAAGCGAUCAGUGGAGCACGUCCUGACACAUAUGCUCAGCUGGACGUUUUAAUAACAAAUGGAGCAACAGCGUUAUCUCCGACAAUAGCAAAUGUUUCACAGCAAAUUGACAAUUUGAUUACUGAAACGCUGGAUACGACUGCCCAACCAUCUACCACUAUUAACAUAGUGACAGAAGAUUCCAAUCCAACCACGCCUCCGUUUUCGAGUGCAAGUGGCGAUUUUCUGCAUAUUGGAUAUUUCUAUUUAUUUUUGAUCAUUCAUUUGCUCAAUAUUUUCUAA